AAAUCCAUAAUAGUAACAAGUCAACAGCAUGAAUAAUAGUAUAAAAUAUUUAGUUGGAUCAAAGCAGAGCAUCAUCAUCAGUUUCAGGCACUCUUGACCUGACUUUACUUUGACGGAGAAAGAUAUAUCAUCAAUCAUCAUCAUCAUCAUCAUCAUCAUCAUCAUCAUGUGGCCAUUCAACAGGAAAGGGGCUUCUGGGUUUUCAGGAAGUUCAACUGCUGAACAAGUUACCAAUGGAAUCGAUGCUACUGCCCUCACUGCUAUUAUCACUGGAGCAUCCAGCGGUAUUGGUGCCGAGACUACGCGUGUUCUUGCUUUGCGUGGUGUCCAUGUGAUUAUGGCUGUUAGAAAUAAGGUUGCUGCUAAUGAUAUCAAAGAAGCAAUACUUAAGGAGAUUCCCUCAGCUAAAAUUGAUGUCAUGGAGUUAGAUCUUAGUUCACUGGAAUCUGUCAAGAAAUUUGCAUCAGAAUUUAAGUCCUCUGAUCUUCCAUUAAACAUCUUGAUAAACAAUGCAGGAGUCAUGGCAUGCCCUUUCACGCUUUCCAAAGACAACAUUGAAUUACAGUUUGCCACAAACCAUUUAGGUCAUUUUCUCUUGACAAAUCUUUUGUUGGACACUAUGAAGAAAACAGCACGUGAAAGUAAGAACGAAGGAAGAAUUGUUAAUGUCUCUUCAGGUGCUCACCAAUUUGCGUAUUCUGAAGGAAUCCGUUUUGACAAAAUUAAUGACAAAUCAAGUUACAGCAACUGGCGUGCAUAUGGACAGUCAAAGCUUGCUAACAUUUUACAUGCCAAUGAACUUGCAAGACAACUCAAAGAUGAUGGAGAGAAUAUCAUUGCAAAUUCUCUUCAUCCAGGAGCCAUCGUCACCAAUCUUUACCGUUAUACCAGUAUAAUCGACGGUAUAAUAAAUGUGGUUGGCAAACUUGUGAUGAAAAAUGUUCAGCAGGGAGCAGCUACAACAUGUUAUGUAGCAUUGCACACACAAGUGAAGGGAAUCGGUGGUGAAUAUUUUGUUGACAGUAAUAUAGCCAAAACUAGUUCACAGGGAAGGAACACUGAUCUGGCUAAGAAAUUAUGGGAUUUCAGCAUGGAUUUGAUCAAGGACAAAUAGUAACCAAGUGUUUGUUAGUAUAUAAUAAUGUUGGUCCCACAAGUGUUGUAUAAUAAUAUUUACGACGUGUCAGUUCAAUGGUAAUAACUUGACAUUGUAAUCUUAAAUCUUAAGAACAAUAGUAAAAUAGUCAUUAGUAUCAUUUUGAUUAAUACAGUAAUAAUAUUUAUUCGGCUCUUCGGUAA